AUGUCAUUUUUAGGAAGCAGUGCAUCCACGGGGACCACAAGUGCUUCGAAUGGACAAGAAUUGCUCAAUGAUAUAACUGUCAAUUAUCCUCCAGAAGACUCAAUAUCAGACUUGUCAUUUUCGCCUCAGCAGGAUUUACUUGCUGCCGCAAGCUGGGAUAAAAAAGUUCGAAUCUAUGAAAUUGAUCCGAAUUCAGGUAAUAACCAAGGAAGGGCUUUAUAUGACCAUGAAGGUCCUGUAUUGUCUGCAAGAUGGUCAUCUGAUGGAACUAAAGUUGUGAGUGGUUCAGCAGAUAAACAAGUGAAAAUAUUUGAUCUUCAAUCACAACAGGCACAACAAAUUGGCGUACAUGAUGCUCCUGUGAAGGCAGUUAGAUAUGUAGAAUGUGGUCCAACCAACACUCCAGUAGUGGUUUCUGGAUCUUGGGAUAAAACGUUAAAGUAUUGGGAUAUGAGAGCUCCUCAACCUAUCUCUGUUUUGAAUUUGCCUGAAAGAGUUUAUUGCAUGGAUUCUAGUCAAAAGCUUCUCGUUGUGGGAUGUGCCGAAAGACAUAUAAGCAUUAUAGACUUGAACAACCCUCAACAAAUUUUCAAGAACACGAUGUCACCUUUGAAAUGGCAAACCAGAUCUAUAUCUUGCUAUCCACAAGGAAAUGGAUUCGCCAUUGGUUCUAUUGAGGGUCGUUGUGCGAUACAGUACAUUGACGAGGCUGAACAGAAUAAAUUUGGAUUUUCUUUUAGGUGCCACCGUAAAACACCUACGGGAACAACUGCUACAUCAGGACUUAGAACAUCCUCUAGCACAGAAUCACAGAUAUAUGCAGUGAACGCCAUUUCAUUCCACCCAAUAUAUGGAACAUUCAGUACAGCGGGUUCCGAUGGUACUUUCUGUUUCUGGGACAAAGAUGCAAGACAAAGACUCAAAACUUUCCCAUCUGUUAAUGCUACUAUUCCCACCACAUGCUUCAAUAAAACAGGUACUAUUUUUGCUUAUGCUAUGAGCUAUGACUGGUCUCAAGGCUACCAGGUAAAUCGACCGGAUUAUCCUAAUCAAAUCAAAUUACACGCAACUAAAGAUGAGGAGAUAAAACAAAAAAAGAAACGAUAA